UCCCUGCUCUGCUGCGUUGUUCUGUGUCGUGUCUCUACUAUCCCGUCUUAGAGCGGCGCUCCCUGCCCUACUAGGCAAAUAGAGCGUGGUGUCAAUUGAAACAUGGUGAAGGUAGCGGUCGGCCAGAUGACUUCUACUUCCAGCAAGCUGCAAAACUUUCAGGUCUGUGCUAGGCUAGCAAAAGAGGCACGAGAGGCGGGCGCCUCGUUCCUUGCGUUGCCGGAAUGCUUCAAUUUCAUCGGGGAACACUGGCGGGAAGCUGUCGAGGCGGCGGAACCUCUGACCGGGCCUUCUAUGAAUCGAUACUGCAGCCUCGCGAGGGAACAUGGCAUGUGGCUGUCGCUUGGGGGGUUCCAAGAGAGAGUGCCACCGGAAGCGGUGUCUGCCGCCCGCCACACAGCACCCACGGAAGAGGCGCAAGAAUCACGGCAACCCGUUCCUUUUGCUGAAAGCCACCGGAGCAAGGUGUUCAACACACAUGUCGUCAUUUCCGAGAACGGCGACAUCCGGGCGGCAUACCGAAAAAUACACCUGUUCGAUGUCGCGGUGGACAGGAUGUUAAUAGUGCUAGCCGGGGGUGAACGUAGGCUCCUGAACAAGGUGUAG